AAAGUUAAAUAAAAUCAAAUUGAAGAAAAACCAAAACAGCCAAUUGAAAUGCAAUGCAAGUAAAAAUGCAAAACACAAAAAAAAAUGAAGCACACACAAUUACGCGCGGUGACAUUGGUUAAUUUCAGCAUACAAUAUCAAAAACGGCAGAGUUUCGAAAUCAAAAGACUUAGGCGACAAACUGCGCAGACGCGCAAGUUCAUUGGCUCGCAGAUCGAUUGGCUGAUUGCUUAAUAAUCGAAUGCCGGAUUAAAGUUUUUACAAUAUAUGCGCGUAUAUAUAUAGAGAGAGAGAAUAAUUUGAUUCCUUUGCACGCGAGCAAUUUAAUGGUGCGGCCCAGAUCUAAUCAUUUCAAAUGGCGCUCAAAGAGUCAUUCGCACGAGUUGUUGCCGCCAGCUGUUUGCGAGCAUAAACACCUAGACGAAAAUGAUUUCACGGCGCAAGAUCAUAUCGCGUUCCCUGGACAAUUUGGAUGCGAUCGGGCAAGACGAGCAAGAGGAGGAUGUUUGGCACGAUCGCGAGAAGCUCUUCCGCGAUCACAUCAACGAAGUGCUGGCCAAGUGGGAGCAAAUCGACGAUGAGAUUUGGGCCAAGAUCAUUGUCUUUGAGAAGAAUCGACGCGUGGCCAAGGCCUAUGCGCGCUCCAAUGUGAUAACCAUUAACGGCUCCAAGCACGGCUUCGAUGGCGUCCGCAUUGGCCUGAACGGCUUUGAGAAUCCGAUGCGUGAUGCCGAGACAAAGGUGAUCAAGAAGUCGAUCGGGGAUGGCUUCAAGAUCAAAAUGGACGACACCGGCAACAUAUUCAUCAAGCGCUACGGCAAGAGCAGCAUCUUUGUGAACAACACCUCGCUGGCCAACGAGGAGACGGUCAUCGGAGCCGAUAUUAUGCAAAUGCCGCAAAUGUCGCUAACGGCCGGCACCUCGUCCCGGCUGUUCGACAUGAAGAAGUUCCAGACGAACAUAAACCGUGAAUGCGCGCGCAGCUAUCCGGAACGCAGCCGCCUGGAGCGCCAGUGCCUGUCGGCCGUCUCGCUGGUCAAGUCAAACAAUAAUCUAAUCAAUUCGCCGCUCUGGAUAAUGGUUGUCAAUGUCGUUGCCAUGGAUAUGCUAAAGAAUCGCUUGCAAACGUUGCCCAAAUCUAUGGAUGCGCUCGGCAUGCGUGUCCCCCUCACACAGAGCAGCGAGGAUCCCUACUCCACGAUCGAGAGUCAAGUGGGUUUAAUUUAUCCCACGCCAGCUGCCUCCGAUGAUUCGCAAAACUCGAGCAACUCGAGCAAGGGCAGACGCAGCGUCUUCAGUGCGGCCUUUCUCAACGAAAGCCCCUAUGUGCCAAAGCCGGACUACGAGGUGGCCGCAUCCUUGGCGCCAGUUUAUACGGAAAAGAAGCGUCAGAAGAAUACGCCGCAGCGCAAAAAACAGGAUGAUCCCUACUAUUGCGGCCUGCUGGCACGCAUCCCUAAUUUCAUCAAGUCCAGUAAACAGCAGUGCGCCAGCAAGCCCAAGAAGGAGCCGAAGAUCUCGCGCAAGAUAUCGGCGCAGCAUCAUCAAUUCCUGCUCGCCGCACAGCAGCAGCAGCAGCUGGCGCCGCAGACAACGACGCCAAUACCCAUUGCCACCUUCCAUCACUCGUAUUUCCCCUAUAAGCUGUAUCCGCCGCAGCAUCGACUCUCGCAGUCGCAGCUCUCGCUCUGGGAUGCGCGCAGUCUGAUCAGCGCACAUGAAUGAGCUGGAAUUGGAGCUGGCCGUAAUUUAUUCAUCGCCUAGCAUUAUAUUACAAUUAUUUAGUCAAAGCAUAUGUUUUCAAUUUGGUCAGUGGAGUGCAUUUCGCUCAGUUUUGUGAUCAUAAAUUACGCGAAAUGCAGCCAUCUUUAUCGAGCAUAAUUUUUGGGCGUAUUGCCAAUAAUAGGCAUUAACACAGUAUACUAAUUAAAACGCAGUUAUGGAUUAGACACCAGAGAUGAGAUUUAAUAAUUAUGCAAUUUGUAAUAAUUGAUUAAAAUUUUGCCAUAGUUUUUAAAUCGUUUAAGACUGAGAACGUCCUAGAGUCGAGUUGUGUGCACAAAAAAAAAAAAGAAAAAAGAAUAAGCAAAAUAUAUGAAAUAUAUAUAAACGCAAUAAAUGCGCACAUUUUGAUAGCAAAGAAAGUAUACGGAUUUGUUGUCAUAGGCAAAUUGUUUGCUACUUUAGGCGAUUAACUUUUAUUGUUUUAUUUCCUGUAAAUACAUUUUCAUAUGUAAAUAAGUUCGAAUAUAACACACAUGUGAACACUAU